ACCGCGGAGCUCCUCGAUCAGGUGUGAUGAUGCUGUCGGCGCUGCAGCUUCCUGCUGAGCUGUGGCUGCAGGUGUUCAGUUACCUGUCGUGGCGUGACCUACUGAGCCUGCGCGGCAGCUGUUGUCACUUCCUGCGGCUGCUGGACACUUCCUGUCAGCUGUGGCGUGGCUUCUGCGUGACGCUUUGGGACUUUCGGCGCUACGAUCGCUGGUUCUGGACGAGCCUGGCUCAGAGGAACGUGGGCAGCGUGUGUGUGCGAGCAGGUAAGAGGAAACACCUGAAGCAGCUGUCCACCUGGCUGCCCGCCCUCCACGCGCUGCGAUUGGACGACUGGAGAGACGGCACCGCCCACGAGCUGAAGCUGUUCCAUAGGCUCCGACGCUUGUCCGUCACUUCCUGCUUCACGCCUCUGGAGAGCCUGGACUUCCUGCUUCCUGUGAGCGGUCACCUGACGCAGCUCAGCCUGUGUAACGUGCAGCUCACCUGUCCCGCCGCUCACCUGGCGGCCGCCAUCAGUCAGCUGACCCGCCUCACCUCGCUGCGGCUGCACCACGACGGCAGCCUGAGGGCGCCCGAGCUCAGCGGCGUCCUGACUCACCUGAAACACCUGACGCACCUGUCCUGGACCAUGAUCACCUACAGGACGCUGUCACAUGACUUCUUCAGCUCCGCCCACCUGACAGAUGAGCUGCACCUGUCCGAGCUGCAGCUGUUGAAUUACGAUGCCACAGUCACACAGGAAGUUCUGCAGCCUUUGUCCCGCCUCCGCAGCCUGUCAAUCUUCCACCUGUACUCUGUCCCCGGCCCCAUCUGCCACCUGCGCACCUGGCUGACAUCACUGCCUCACCUGGAGAGCCUCAGCGUGGACGGAGGCCACCCUCUGGCAGCCUACGCAGACCUGCUCCCCUCCUCAUUGGUCAGUCUGACGCUGAGUGUGGAGCUGGAGCCGGAGGACCUGCAGGUGGUUUCUCUCCGAGCUCCUCGUCUGCAGGAGCUGCAGCUGGAGCCGUGGAGCUCGUCCUCCGGCCUGGUGAAGCUCCUCCCACACCUGUUCCCUCACCUGACCACGCUCCGCAUCAGACACGCCCACGUGCCAGACGAGGACUUCCUGUCUCUGCAGCGGCUUCGGCGGCUCCGAACGCUCGAGGUUUUGGACCGGAGUCCCCGUCUGCCACAGCUGACCUCUGACCUCCACAAGCUGACCAAUCACAGAGUCCGAGUGCUCACCAGCUCACACAGAGACCCACUCGCCUGCCCAUGCGUCUGACCAAUCACAGCCACCGGGACAUCAGGGGGGCGGGACCAAAGUGUUUCUACUUUUGUUUCUG